AUGGGUUACAAUUACAUGGUGAAUUUAUAUGACAUCGAAAAACUUCUCUUGAACGAAAGCCACACCCAGAGAAUCGACUUAAGGAAUGUGACCGGUGUCCUAAAGAAUCGGCCUGAGAAAUGUGACCCAUGUCCGUUAGAGAAUCGGCCUGAGAAAUGUGACCCAUGUCCGUUAGAGAAUCUACCUGAGAAAUGUGACCCAUGUCCGUUAGAGAAUCUACCUGAGAAAUGUGACCCAUGUCCGUUAGAGAAUCGGCCUGAGAAAUGUGACCCAUGUCCGUUAGAGAAUCUACCUGAGAAAUGUGACCCAUGUCCGUUAGAGAAUCUACCUGAGAAAUGUGACUCAUGUCCGUUAGAGAAUCUACCUGAGAAAUGUGACCCAUGUCCGUUAGAGAAUCUACCUGAGAAAUGUGACCCAUGUCCGUUAGAGAAUCUACCUGAGAAAUGUGACCCAUGUCCGUUAGAGAAUCUACCUGAGAAAUGUGACCCAUGUCCGUUAGAGAAUCGGCCUGAGAAAUGUGACCCAUGUCCGUUAGAGAAUCUACCUGAGAAAUGUGACCCAUGUCCGUUAGAGAAUCGGCCUGAGAAAUGUGACCCAUGUCCGUUAGAGAAUCUACCUGAGAAAUGUGACCAGGGUCCUAAAGAAUCGGCCUGA